GACUUGCCUUAAAUCACAAAUCACAAUACAGGCAAGCGCGAAUGUGUGGAGAGUAUUAAACUAUUAACAUUAAAAAGAAAAAAUAUAAUUUUGCCUCCUCAAAUCAUUUUUAAAAAAUAAGAAGUAAUUAAUACAAAAACUUAAUCAAUUCGAAAUAAAUUCAUACAACAGUACCCUAAAUAGUUUCAUCUUUUUCAAAUUAAAAUAGAGUUUGUCUGGAACUCUUUAAAAACUGAAGUUUAAAGUAAUUUAUGAAAACUGUGAUCAAUUUGCUUAAAAAAAAUUUAUUGAAAAGGUAGAAAAAAAGUAUUUUUAUUAUAAGCCUUGCCGCAACAUUUAGUGAUAUAUUUUUUCUCUCAAAAGUUUUUUAAGUCUAGUUCAACAGAAUUUUUAUCGUUUGCUAAAUUUAAGUGUUCAUCCGCCUAAAUAUUAUUAUUCAUUAGUUAUCAAAAAAUAUUUCAUAAAACUGGGCAAAAAUAUAUUAAAUCAUAAGAAAAAGAAAAAAGCCACCUUAAAACAAAAUUAAGAAAUGGUAAUGGAUGCGACACCUUCCCCUCAGCAUGUUGGUCGUGAAUUCGUCCGGCAAUACUAUACAGUAUUGAACAAAGCUCCUGAUCUCUUGCAUCGUUUUUAUAUUAACCAUUCAAGUUUUAUUCAUGGUGGGCUUGAGACACAUAAUCGUGAGGCAACAUUGGCGAUUGGACAAAAAAAUAUACACAGCAAAAUCCAACAAUUGAAUUUUCGAGAUUGUCAUGCUAAAAUUAGCCAAGUUGAUGCUCAAGUUACUCUUGGAAAUGGUGUUGUUGUUCAAGUAACUGGAGAAUUGUCUAAUGAUGGGCAACCAAUGAGACGGUUUACUCAAACAUUUGUUUUGGGAGCUCAAUCUCCGAAAAAUUAUUAUGUUCAUAACGACAUUUUCCGUUAUCAAGACCUCUAUAUUGAAGAAGAUGUAGAAAGUGGAGAAACGCGUUCUGAAAAUGAUGAUGAACAGCAUGAAAUCGGUUCUGCUAUUGAUUCAACAAAAAUAUUGCUAAAUAAUAACACGGCAGCUGCUUCAGCUGUUGUUGCUGCUGUUGUCUCUGCACCAAAUACUGUGAGUUCCCCAGAACAACAACAAACAAUGGUUGCCUCUGCUCCAGCAGGUACUCCUGGCACUGCUGCGCCACAACAAAUAUAUUACGCAGUACCAUUAGCUCAAGCUGCUGUGGCACCAUUUAACGCUGCAGGUGUCGCAUCAGUUGCUGCAGCACCAACCGGUCAAGUGACUGCAACUGUUCCUGGACAAUUGAUUACGGUGCAACCUCAACAGCAAACUACAGCUGGACAGGUAAAUGGUGUUCAUGAUGAGUUGUUGCAAACAAUUCAACAAUCAGCGGCUGCCCAAAUUGCUCCUGCAGUUCCUGCAGCGGCAGUUUUGGCGGGUUCCGGGGUAUUACCAACUGUUCAGCAGGCAAGUACUGGUACAACAGUUCUAUUAUCUCAACAAAACACUAACAUUGUGCCAACUGUACCCCCCUCUGUUGUUGCUGCAUCAGUUACCUCUACGCAGUCAGCCUCAAUGUCACAACAGCAAAACCAAAUCAUUCAAAAUUCAACAGGACCAACUAUUCCUUCAACAACAUCAACUGUUUCAGCACAGCAACAAACCAAUUUAUCUGCUUUGCAAGAAGAUAAAAAACAAGUGGAUAAAAGGGAAACUUCACCAAUCGAGGCUGAAUCUAAUAAAAAAGAUGAAAAUAAAAUAAAUGAACAAACUGAGAAAUAUGAUGUUAUGAAGUCGUCAUUAAAUCAAAAUGAAGUAAAAACUUAUGCAAACUUAUUUAAAUCUGGAAAUUUCAAUAACACCGGCUUUGUUCCCUUACCACAACCUUCGCAUCAAAUUAAUUCGCAAAUAUAUUCAAAAUCAACGGAGCCCACUAGAACGGAAAUAAAUUCUGCACAAACACCUGGAUUGCCACAGAGAACCAACGCAUCAAGACAAACUAAGGAUUACUCAGAGCGAAGAACCAGCAACGUAAAUUCAUUUGGUGAUAGUCAUCAAUUGUUUUUCGGUAACGUUCCACAUUGUGCAACCGAAGAUGAUUUAAAGGCAUUGUUUAGCAAAUAUGGCACUGUUGUGGAAUUAAGAAUCCAUUCUAAACAGGGAUCAAAAAUACCUGGUCAGCGACAUACACAAAAUUAUGGCUUCAUAACAUAUGAGAAUUUAGAAGAUGUUCAAACUUGCUUAGCGAAUUGCCCGCUAUAUUAUCCAGCUGAAAAUGGGCAAAAACUAAAUGUUGAAGAGAAAAAGACAAGACCUCGAAGUGAUAUACCUAAUCGUCCACAAAAUAACAUGUCAAACAGUGGAGGUGGUUUGGGUGGUUCACAACGACCGGCUGGUGGUGGUGGGCAACCAAAUCGAUCACAUUCAAAUACUGGUGGCCUAAUGAGAAGUGGAAAUUCUGGUCAAAGAACUUCGGGUGGUAGUGGAGGUUUUAAUAGAAAUGACAACCGCGGUCCACCUCAAAAUCGCAACACGAGCGGUAAUAUAAAUCAAAACACAUCAAGUGGUAGUGGUGGAGGUGGUGGUAGUUAUGCACGCCGCUAACAAUAUACCAUGAUCAUCAUAUUUUUACCCUAUACAAAUAUUGUCGGCAAAAAUAUAAAUUUAACAGCAGCCCACAAUAGUUUCACAGUUGCCAACCGUAAUCUUGUAUUGAUUAAAACUUCACCUAUUCAUAUUGCAAAGACGUAUAAUAAUAACAUAAGAACGACAAUGAUUUGAUAGGCUACGGUUAAUACAUAAAAAUAAUUAAAUUUUUAAUUUUUUUUUUUUUCGCCCUUUACUCUUCCUCUCCAUACAAUAUUUGUAAGAAAAAAAAGCAGAAUUGAACUAAAAGUGAAUGGAGGAUGUGUAUAAAAAAUAUUUGAAAAAAAUUAGUUGAAGAAUAAUAAAAAAGUAUAAAAAAAGGAUUAAUAUCAAAACAAGAACACGUUAAAGAAAUUAAAGGGAAUAAAAUUUUAUAAAUAUUAUAUUUGAAAACCAUUGAAAAAAUUCUGAGAAUUUUUAUUUUAUAUAAUUUUUUCUUUUUUUUUAGUUUGUUAUUUAAUUUUUCAUCAUCAAAUAUAAUAGAAAUUCAUUUUUUUUUAUUAUUUCACGUCUGAUUUUCACUUAAUUCUUUUUAGACCUUGGUUUAAGAUUUGUGUAACUUUUUUUGUGUACACAUACAAAAUUUUGUGAUCGGUUGAAGAAUAUUUAUAUUUUGAUGAUCACGAUCUCUAAAAGACUCGAGUGAAAAUCAGUCUCUUACUUUAUUUUUGUUGAGAAGGUAAAAGUGUCUCCCCAAGAGAUCUUUAUACUUUCAAUAAAAAAAAGUUUAGAAAUUAUAAAAAAAAAAGAGAAAAAAUAAUUUUUUAUCACUUCUGUAAAAAAAAAAAUAUAUAUAAAAAAAAUUAAAAAAAAAAAAAUGUUUUUAUAAAAAAUUAAAAAAAUCUAAAAAAAAAAAAGUAAAAUGAAGUAUAAAUUUUUCAAUAAAAAUUUAGCAAAAAAUCGCAAUAAAAAGCAAAAUAAAGACUUGUAAUCUUAUUGUUCAUACAUUUAUAAAAUAUUCAAUAUAAAAAGUAAAACUAAAACUUUGCAAAAAAACUUGAAAAAUUAUACAAAAAAAAAAAGAAAAAAAAACAUGUAUAUGUAUAUAUAUAUAUCUAAAUGGAGAUGCAUAUAUAUGUAUAUAUAUAUAUAUGUUAUAUAUAUAUAUAUAUAGAAUUUAAAAAACGAAGUGAAUGAGUACAAUUAUUAAGAAGUGUUUGUUGAUAUUUACUUCAAAGGAUUAGAUAAUGAUAAUUGAAAAAAUGUGAAGAUGAAAAAAAGGGUUUAAAAUGUAUAAUAGACUAAUUUAUUUUAAUUUUGUAAUUAUGGCUUCAUUAUAAUAGUUGCGAUUAUAUUUAACGAACUUAUUGACUAUACGUUUUUAAAAAUUAUAUUUUGUUUUUAAUAUCAAAUCUGUAUUCUUCAUCAGAUUUAUGUAAAGUAUAUAAAAAUAUAUUUCGAAUUCUUCAAAAUGAAAUACUAAAUUUAAUUAUUUAUGUUUUACUGAAUUAUUAGUCGACAGUUUUUAUUCUUUUAAAUAAUUUUUAGCAAUUGAAAUCUAAUCUUUAUUAUUCAAAAAAAAUUUAUUACUAAAGGGCAAACCGGUUUUAAUUUUUAUCAAAAGCAGUUCAUCCAAUUUCGGAAUUAAAAUUAAAAUUUAUAUUUUGCAAAAAAUUAAAAGAUUUUUAAUAUAUAUUUUGUAUUUGCCAUGAAAAAAUUUCUUGCAAUAUUGGUGUUGCAUUCUGUGGGAAUAUUGUUUUUUUUACUUUGCGAAGCUAAUUCAAAAUAAUGAGAAACUGUCGUAUAUAAUUAACCUCGUAUUAACAGUUCUUAAAAUAAUUUGUAAUUUUAGGAUAAUUUAAAUAAAAAAAAAACACUCAAAACGUGAGUUUAGAUUAAUAAUUAGAUUAAGGAAGAAUAAUAAAAAAAUG